GUCCUUGAGUAAUAACGCACAACUUUAUACCUGCUCAGGCCCCAAAUUGUAUGAUCACUUGUAUAUAGACAGGCUUUCAUUUUCUUCUAUUUCCACUGCGAUGGGAAAACGGAGAAGGACAACCGAAGGAGCAUCCGACAUCAGUGACCUAUCUCAAGUACAGAAUGCAUUUUUACCACAGAAAAAACAUUAUCGGCAGCGAGCUCAUGCAAAUCCUUUUUCAGACCACUCCCUGGAAUACCCCUGUUCUCCUCAAAAUGUAGACUGGAAUGAGCAUUAUCCAGCCUUUUCUGGAACAGGCAAAUCACCUGAGUUCGCCGACAUAGGUUGCGGUUUUGGUGGCCUGCUCAUAGCCCUCGCACCCCUCUACCCCGACACCCUCAUGCUCGGGAUGGAAAUACGCGUUCAAGUAUCCGAGUAUGUCCGCGACCGUAUUGCCGCACUGCGUGCUACGAGUUCGAGCUCACAAUCACCCUCGUCAUCCUUUCAAAACGUAUCUAUAGUCCGCGCUAACGCCAUGAAAUUUCUUCCGAACUAUUUCCCAAAACAUUCGCUAUCUGCCAUAUUUUUCCUUUUCCCAGAUCCUCAUUUCAAGUCCCGUAAACACAAAGCUCGCAUCAUUUCACCCACACUCCUCGCAGAAUAUGCUUAUGCCCUUCGGCCUGGCGGAGUUAUCUACACAAUCACUGAUGUGCACGAUCUUCACGAGUGGAUGAAAUCUCACCUCGAAGCAUUCCCUCUUUUUGAAGGUAUAAGCGAGGAAGCGCUGCGAUCGCAGGGUUGUGGUCCUAUAUUAGAUGCAGUGUACAGCAGCACAGAGGAAGGCAAAAAGGUGGAAAGGAACGGAGGUGGUAAGUGGCUGGCAUGCUUCAAAAGAAUAGAAGCGACACGAAAUGUGUAAAGGAAUACGUUAGUUACAGUCUGUUUCAAUUGUUAAGUACCAAUGAUUUUAAAAUACACGUGAAAACGGGUAGAAUUCUAUCU